AUGGGCGAGCGCAAGGUCCUGAACAAGUACUUCCCACCCGACUUUGACCCGUCCCUCGUUCCGCGUCGGAAGAGGCCGAAAAACGAGCAAGUGGAGGUGCGCAUGAUGCUGCCGUUCUCCAUCCAGUGCGGGACCUGUGGCGAGUACAUGUACCGAGGCAAGAAGUUCAACUCGCGCAAGGAGGAAGUGCUGGAGGAGACUUACCACGGCAUCCGCAUCUACCGCUUCUACAUCAAGUGCAUCACGUGCUCGUCUGAGAUCACGUUCAAGACGGACCCGAAGCGGGGCGACUACGUCUCGGAGCACGGCUGUCAGCGCAACUUUGAGCCCUGGAGAGAGACCGAGGACGAGCAGGAGGCGGCGGACGCUCAACGCGUCGAGGAGGAGAAAGGAGACGCGAUGAAAGCGCUCGAGAACCGCACGCUCGACUCAAAGCGGGAGAUGGACAUUUUGGACGCGCUGGACGAGAUCAAGGCCAUCAAUCAGCGCCACGCGAAGGUGGAUACGGACAAACUGCUGCAGCAACGUGCCGAUGUGGGAACUGCCAGUCAAGACGAGCGGGACAAGCAGCUGGCAGAGGAUCGACGAGAAGCGCAUCGCGUGUUUGAGCAGAAAAAAGAGAAGCUGCAGCAGAAGGAAAUGACGUCGAGGCGACCGGGCGACGACGCAACGGAGAAAAGCGUGUCGACACCACUUGCUUCAGCUUCUGUAUUGGAGGACAAGAAAUUAGCGACACCAGCGCUCAAGUUAGCUGUGACGAUCACGAAGAAGAAGACAAGUGCUGCCACGAAGAAGAAGGUCAAGGUGAAGAAGCAGACUCGACCUUUGGCAAGCUUGGUGGCAGAAUAUAGCGCAAGCAGCGACGAAUAG